AUGUCAAAAGUGAACAACCACUCAUUACCGUUUGCUAAUGCUGCAACGAUAGUAAGAGCCAAUCAGAAGGACACUUACUUCGAAUCGAUAUUUAGGAACCAUAUAUCGGAGAAUUUGAGUAUUUUCAAAGGACAAAAAUUCAUCAAUUUCUACCCCGAGGAAAUUACUAUUGGUAGUAAGGUUUUAUAUCUUGUCUUAACUACUUUAUUGGGCUACCGUACAUUGGGUGAAGAAUACGUUGAUUUGAUUUAUGUUGAUCGAAAAGGUAAGAGAUUCCCACGAUUAUUGAAUAGAUUAUUGUUCAUAGCAUCAUAUGCUAUACUUCCAUAUAUUAUCAAUAAAAUCGUUAAAAGAUUCAAGAAGAAAGAUGAAGAAGAUGAUAACCAAGACAAUAAGUGGAUGAAAUUCUUCACCAGCUACUCCAGUGUUUUAGAUACUUUGAUGAAUUUGCAUAUAGCUAUAUUUUACUUCCAAGGGAAUUUCUAUUCGUUAUCUAAAAGAAUCUUCGGUAUGAGAUACGUUUUCGGUCAUAAUAAAGAUCCUAAUAAGAUAAGUCAAAGUGCCAAUUACUCAUUGCUUGGUGGAAUCAUUUUAGUUCAAUUUUUAGUGAAAUUUUUGAUAAAAUUCAAAGCAUAUACUGAUAAGACCAACUUAGAAGAGUCUGUCAUCGAAUCUGAUAAGAUCUAUAACAUCAAUCAACUCACCAAACCACAAGAAUCCAUUGAAUUGUCUGAUCCAACUCAAUUACCAUAUAUUCCUGAGAAUUCCAGAAAUUGUAUUUUAUGUUUAUCUCCCAUGACGGAUCCUACAUCAGCUAAUUGUGGCCAUUUAUUCUGUUGGGAAUGUAUUGUAGAUUGGGUCAGAGAGAAUCCUGAAUGUCCUUUAUGUAGAACUGCUUGUUUAGAGCAAAACCUAUUACCUUUAAAAUGA